AUGGACCGAUUCAACAAGAUUGCGAUGGAGAUUGGUGAUCUUAACCCUGCCGUGGCCCUGGACCGGUUGAGCACGACACUUAGGCCGGGACCGUUUGUGAAUAGUUUAUGCAAAAAGCCACCCGUUGACAUGAACGACCUCCGUAGACGUGCCGAGAAGUAUAUGCAGAUGGAGGAAUUGGCGGAGACAAGAAACCAAGCCAGGACCAAAGAGGGUUACAGCCGGAAGGAGCAAGGUCGGGAGCCGAUGAAAAGGGCGAAUACCGAGCCCUCGAACACUCGACCGCCGAGAGGACCGCGUUACACGACUUAUACUCCCCUUAAUGCGAGUAGGGCCAAGGUGCUGGAGCAGGCUCUUGCGUCGGAGAUUUUGGUGAUACCGAAGAGGGCGAACACUCCUCCGAGGGACGACAAGGCUAAAACUUGCCGAUUCCACCGAAAUCGAGGCAAUUCAACAGAGGAGUGCUCAGCAUUAAGAGACAAACUUGAAGACCUUAUCAAGCAAGGUCACCUUAGGAGCUUCGUCUCAUCCCAAGACCACCGACCAAGAGGGAGAGACCAAUACCCUCGAAGAACGUCGUCGCCCGGGGAACGACGCCGUCGAUCUCGAUCUGCUGAAAGGAAAGACCACCCCCGGAGCUCGCGAGAAGACAAUGAUCGCCCGAGGAAGAUAAUAAACACAAUUGUCAGAGGCUUCGCCGGGGGAGGCUCUACGUCCUCUGCGCGGAAAAGACACCACCGGGCGGUACGGUCGGUGAACAACGUUGAUCAGCCGAAGACACCGAAAAUGCCGCCGAUAACUUUUUCAGACAAAGAUUUUCGGGGUAUCGACCCGGUCCAAGACGACCCCAUGAUAAUCUCCAUCGAAAUGCAUAAUUGCAUUCUGAAGAAGACCCUGGUCGACCAAGGAAGCUCCGCCGACAUCUUGUAUUGGAACACUUUCAUGCAACUAGGAAUCCCGGAGGAGAGCUUAGAGCCGUAUCAUGAGCCCCUGGUCGGCUUCUCGGGUGAGCGAGUGAUGACAAGGGGAUGUAUUGACCUGUACAUCCGCUUUGGUUUCGAUCAAAGAUCUUUCCGAGAGAUCAAAAUCCGAUACAUAGUGGUGCAUGCAAAUACGUCAUACAACAUUCUCCUAGGGAGACCGUCGAUCAAUGCGUUAGGGGCCAUCGUCUCGACGCCUCAUCUAAGCAUGAAGUUUUCGUCAAGGGAUGGGCAAGUUAUCACCGUGCAUGCCGACCAGAAAACCGCAAGGGAGUGCUAUCUCUCUAGUUUGAGAGUGCAGCCUAUUGCCGAGCCGUCGACCACAAAGAUAGGCGUGAACGUGGUCGCACAAGGGAUAGCCGAGGGGGCGGUCGAAGACCUCGUCUCAUUUCAGCUCGGCCGGUUACCUGAGCAGGUCACGCGCCUGGGAUCCCAAUUGAGAGAGAUCGAUGCGAACCGGGUUAAACGAGCAGUUUGCGACAAUAUAGACCUUUUUGCUUCGACGGCGUCGGAUAUGCCCGGGAUUGACCCCAA